CAGUACUCCCUCCCGCCCAGUCUUCCCCCCCCAAAGAAAGGCUCAGCGUUCAGCUAGUCAGAUCUGCUGCUAGAGAGGCCGGCCCGCCUGGAGUGGGGCAGCACCGACCCCUCAAGUCCCUCCCCUCCCCGAGCUCCAGCCAGUCUCUCGUUGCCGCCGCCCCCGAUCGGGCAGGCAGUCCCAGGGCAGGCAGGGGAGGCCGCCACGCUCCCAGCCCCGGCCCCUCGGCUCCUCCCGCUCUCCGGCUCCGCCAUGGCUCAGCCGAUGGAGGUGGGCGGCGGGGACGGCGAAGGGCAAGAGGAUGCGUUGGGAGAGGAGGAGCAAUACGAGGCUUGGUACCGGACUAAGAAUCCGGUGCAGAUCCGAGUAGCCAUUCAGGCGGCCGAAGAGGAGGGGGAGGAAGAGGCUGGUGCAGCGAUGGGGGGCAUCGGGGAAGGGGAAGACGACGGGGACACUGCUCGCUAUCUCAGCCCCGGGUGGGGCAGUGCCAGCGAGGAUGAGCCUAGCCGCGGGCACAGCAGUACAACCACGAGUGGAGGGGAGAAUGAUGGCUCUGACCAGGACCAGGACUGGAAGCCGCCAAGCUACGAGUUAAUUUUGAAGCUGGUAGACCAGAUUGAGUUCUAUUUCUCUGAUGAAAACCUAGAAAGAGACGCCUUCUUGCUCAAACCACGUGAGAAGGAACAAGCAGGCUAUGUGAGUGUCAAGCUGCUCACAUCUUUCAAAAAGGUGAAACACCUUACUCGGGAUUGGAGAACCACAGCCUAUGCCUUGAAGUAUUCAGAAACUCUGGAGUUGAAUGAGGAUCAUCGGAAAGUGAGGAGGAUCACACCGGUUCCUUUCUUCCCUGUUGAAAACCAACCAAGUAGGAUGCUGCUGGUAUAUGACCUCCACUUGUUCCCCAAGCCAUGGGCUCUGGCUGUGCUUCAGGAGAAUGGAAGGCUACAGGAAAAGGUCAUGGAGCAUCUUCUUAAGGUCUUUGGAACAUUUGGAGUCAUCUCGUCUGUGAGAAUUCUCAAGCCAGGGAAAGAGCUGCCUCCAGACAUCCGAAAGUUUAGCAGCCGGUAUAGUCAAGUAGGGACUCAAGUGUGCGCAAUUGUGGAGUUUGAAGAGGUAGAUGCUGCCAUCAAAGCCCAUGAGUCCAUGAGCAUGGGCUCUCCGAGCAAAGGCAGCAUUAAAGUUGUCCUCAUUGGUAUGAAAGCACCCAAGAAGAAAGCCUCAAAAGAUAAGAACCAGGAGGAGGAACCUGCCACGAGCUUCCACCAAAAUAAGACCCUAAAUAAGAGAGUCGAGGAGCUUCAGUACCUGGGUGAUGAGUCAUCAGCCAAUAGCUCCUCGGACCCAGAGAGUAAUCCUACGUCCCCAAUGGUUGAACGGCGGUACAUGGCCUCCAGCAAGCUUAGCCCUUCCAUCUAUCAAAACCAUCACUUGAGUCCAAAUGCCUCUCCUCGCUCAAGUCCUUGGAACAGCCCUCUGGUACAGCGUAAAGGAGUGUCCAGGAAAUCUCCCCUGGCUGAGGAUGUCACGCUAAACUCUAGUGCCAGUCCUGACAUUGUUCCAAAGUGUAUGGAUUAUUCCUCUGACAGCAGCAUCACUCCCUCCAGUAGCCCCUGGGUGCAGAGACGUCGCCUAGCCCAGUGGGGAACACAUGAGAAAAGUCCGGCCGCCAGCCCGCUACUCACCCGCAAAGUCCAGAAUGCAGAUGGGUCACCUGUUGGGGUGCUGAGGUUGCCAAGAGGCCCUGAUGAUACCAAAGGAUUUCAUGGGGGACAUGAAAGAAAAAGGGUCUUCGUGUAAAUAUAUGUUCGUUUUCCACACUAGCUCCAUAGGAAAACAGCCUUUAUUCUCCUGGGUCAAACAAAACAGCUGGCAUGAUCAAGGACUGGCUUACGUACAAGUUUCAAUGUUUUGUAUUGGUGUAGAUAUCUUAAUUUAUAUAUUUGUAUUGUCAGGCAACUACAUUUUAAAGAAUAUCUCCUAGUUCCAAACAACCAUUUGGCCACUUUGAUAUGGUAUGGUCACUUUGACAAUGUCACAUAUAUGUAAACAUAAUGGUACUAAACAGGAAUGGGAGAGACUCUCUAGGAAAGAUUGAACAGAUAUUUUUUUCUGCUUUUGUUUUUUUUUUAAAGAAACCUCCUUUGAGAUGGGGUAUGUGUAGAGAUUUGCUACUAUUUAGAGUCCAAGGAAGCUAAGGUGAGUGUGGCUCAAAGACCCAAAGAGUUAAUUUUAAUGACAACCUAGUUGACAUACAUGGUUUGCUCUCCUAUAAUCAGUUAAUAAACAGUGCCCACUGUGUGCCAGGCACUAUGCUAAGUACUGAUUUUUUAAGAUCCAAAUAAAAAUGUAUAUUUUCUCUUAUAAGUGAAUUAAAAAGAGAAAAUAUAGGAAAAAUUGGCUCCCAGACUCAUCUUGGCCCAUUGGGAUGAUGAGCCGGCAUAUCAUCUGGGAUUAAUAAAUUGGCUAUCUGGUCCCAAUAGAAGAGGUAGGACUGAAUAGGAGAAUCAUUGAUGCAAAAGCAUGGCCAAUGGAUCACAGUGAAACAGCUUAGUUUUCCCAGGUUCCUUCUCCAGUUUCACUGAUUAACAGAAGGGAGGAAAAGCAGUGAUUUUGUUGUACAGACUUCUAUUAUAUGAAUGAAUCCUAUUACUAUAAUUAUUUGGUAGAUUUUUUUUCAUUUUUCUUUAGGAGGAGAGAUUGGGCAGAAGUAAAGAAUUAUUGUAUAUUUCUCUACUGUUCUGGCCUCCAUGACAAACCAGUACUGCAUAUCCAUUCAAAAGUAGAUUUCAGGUUCCUACAUUACACCUUCUAUUUUCAAGGGGACAAACAGGGAAAGAUUUAUCUUUCAUUAGCCAUGUCCCUGAGUUCACUGCCCUCUUAUUCCUACAAUCUCAUUGGCUUCUCCAAUCAAUCGAUGAUUCCUCAUGUUCCUACAGUGUACACACAACACACACACACACAUUUAAAAACACAAUUGGACCUUACUACAAGGUAAAGAAACUUCAAGGUAAAAGUUUCUAGAGUUAAUAUUUGCUAUGGUGUCAGAUUAGCCAACACAGUAUAGCAUCCAAUUACACUCUAUUAAGUAGUCCCCUCCAGGUGUAGCUUGUUGGCCAUUUUCUUGUAAAAAUCCUUGGGUUCUUUCCAGUCUAUGGCAAAAUCUUCCUUUUGAAUUCCCAAAGCUAGGCAAGCUGGGUCUUAUGUCUUAGAAACUUUGUGCCAUCCUCUCCUUAUUUUUCUCUUCUUCCUUUCUCCCAGAAUGCUUACGCACUACCCCUCUCCUUUUGUAACAGCACUUGUCCUUGCUUCCACACAAUAAACUAAAUAUGUCCCUGUCACCUUACCAGUCAGUCUCCUCUUUCCUAAACUCUGGCUAAACCCUCAGCUGUGGCACAGCCUUGCUGUUUGUUAGCAUAGCGAACCCUUCCCGAAAAACUUGGCAGGGAAACCCAGCCCAGGGUGUUUUUACAGAUGUUUUGUUCAUUUUAAUGAAAGCCAGAUCCUACUUCACUCUGCAACAUGAAACUCUGACUGCUGAGACAGGAUUUACCAAAAGCUAAUCUUCAGGGAAACAGCCCCAAACACCAAAUCCACUUCCUAAAUGUAAGCCCAGAGUACUAAUUAUUCCAUCGCCUUAAGGUGUCACUGGGUCAGAGGGGCCUUGAUUUGGUCUGUGUAGUACAAGUGUCAAAAGUAUGAGAUCUAUUUUUUAAAGCUACAUUAUUAGUUAUUUGAGCAUUUUGUAUGUAAGCAUUUUCUGAGGUAUGAAUUAGGCCUCCCUUGUAUUUUUGAGCUGCUAAUUUAGAAGAGAAUAAUAAAAUUUUACAGAAAAGUCACAUAGAGAAGGGUUGCAUAUAUAUAUUGCUAAUCUUACAGAAUCAAAGACCUAGAACUGAAAUCAAACACUCCCCCCAUUUUACAGAGAAAAAAACUGAGGCUCAGGAAGGUGAAAUAAUUUGCUCAUAGUCACACACGUCGGAAUCUUGAGUCGAAUGAAGGUUAUCUAACUACAGGAGCAGGUAGGUAGUGCUGUGGAUAGAGCACUAGUCUGGAGUUGGGAAGAUCUGAGUUCUAAUUCGACCUCAGAUAUUUGCUAGCUGUGUGACCCUGGACAAGUCAUUUAACUAUCCCCUAUUUGCCUCAGUUCCUCAUCUCUAAAAUGGGGACACGCUGGAGAAGGAAAUAGCAAACCACUCCAGUAUCUUUGUCCAUAGGGUCACAAAGAGUCAAAAAUAUGACUGAACAAAAACAACAACCAUAAGCUCUGACUAUAAAGUACUUUCCACAAUACCACACAGGGAUUACUUAAAGUCAAAAGAAGUGGUUUAUAUCUAGUUUCUGACAUUGACUGCUGGGUAAGCCAAGACAAGUCUCUUAACCUUCCCAAGUCCCAGGAAACUCUGUAAGACUUGUCUAGUAAGGUCGAGAUGAGUUUCAGCCUACCUUAAUGGAGUGUGUAUGCUGAUGAAAUUACAGAUGCUUGACAUAUUGACAUUUGGGAGUAGGCUGGAAUCAGCUCAUACCAGCUCCUGAGAGCCAAGUGUUAAAUUUUCAACGUGAGCAUGGAGACCUCAGAAAUUGGCAAACACUACAAAUUGGACUUCAUUGAUUGUUUUGUCGAUUGUUUCAACCUAAAAAAGUGAUAGUGAAAAUAAUCAUGCAGAUUAAAUUUAAGAAGUAUGUUAUAUGUGCUUUUUUCUGGAGAAAUGGUUGUUAAUUAUUUACCUCUGUUGUAUGUAUGUACAGUUAAAUCCACUUGCAUAGUGGAUAGAGUGGCUAACCUAAAGUCAGGAAGACUCAUUUUUGUGAAUUCAAACCCAGCUUCAGACACUUACCAGCUAUAUGACCCUGGGCAAGUCAUUUAACCCAGUUUGCCUCCGUUUUCUCAUCUGUAAAAUGAUCUGGAGAGUGAAAUGGCAAACCACUCCAGUAUCUUUGCCAAGAAAACCCCAAAUGGGGUCAUGAAGAGUUGAACACAACUCAACAACAAUAGCAGUUAUAUAAUGUAGAUGCUUCAAACUUAAAUGAAUUUAUUUUCAAAAGGAAAAAAAUAUAGAUACUGAUCACACAAAAAAUCAAAGGAAUAACAACAACUAGCAUCUCUCUACCUAUUAGAAAGCAUUAAUUCCUAAUGUAUGUAUUCAAUGUUAACUUUUUUGAUUCUUGUCUGGCAAAUGUGAAUUUGCACAGUAGUUCUCUCCAUGUUUGAUCUACUCUAGUUAAGUUCAUCCCAUAUGUACCAUAUUGCUAGUGUUAUGAGACUAAACCUUGUAUCCUAGAACAAUGGCUAUGAACUUGAGAUCUUUGCCCCUAAAUUCCCAAACCACAUUUUCUAUAGAGCUUUGUUCUGCAAAGAAUAUAAACCCUUCCAUGUCAUGUCUUAUUGGUCCUCUUGAUUUUUCAUUGAGAGGUUUUGAUUUAGGAUCCUAGAAUAUUAGAAUGUCUAAGAAAGGGAACACAGACAUUACCGGUCCCUUCAUUUUACAGGUGAAGAAACAGAUCUAGAAAGGCUAAAUGCAGGACCAGGACACAAGCCUCCUACACCUCAGUUUGGUACUUUUCCCACAAUAGUAGGAUAAUGAAGACUGGUAAAUCCACGGACAUAAUAAAGGGAACCAGUAGCUGAACAAUGUGGUAUAUAAUGGGAAAUAACACUGAAUUUUGAAUCAGAACCCUUGGUUCAAAUUCCACCUUUACCACUAAUCUGUAUGACCUUUAGCAAGUGACUUUACACCCCUGGGCCUUAGCUUCCUCAUCUGUAAAAUGAGGGGGUUGGAGUAGAUGACCUCUAGGGCCCCUCCCAAUUCUAAAUCUGUGAGGAUCUGGUAGACUCUCACUUAGAACCCCAAGGUUCUGUCUCAAUGUUCUUUAAUAAUUUGUAGUGCAGGGGCAGCUAGGUGGCGCAGUGGAUAGAGCACCGGCCCUGGAUUCAGGAGGACCUGAGUUCAAAUCCUGCCUCAGGCACUUAACACUUACUAGCUGUGUGACCCUGGGCAAGUCACUUAACCCCAAUUGUCUCACCAAAAAUAAAUAAAUAAAUAAAAUAAUUUAUAGUGCAAAAAGCCUAUAGAUAGUUUUUUUUUCUAAAUACAUGGUCAGGGUCCACCUCACAAUAUCAUUCCAGCUAUAUUAACAAAAUACAGAUCUGGCCUCAGACAUUUGACACUUACUAGCUGUGUGACCGUGGGCAAGUCACUUAACCCUCAUUGCCCUGCAAAAAAACCAAAAAAACAAAAACAAAAACAAAAAAAAUACAGGUCCUUAAUUGGCUUAUGUAAAGGUGUAAUACUUGUUUUUGCUAUGGGGGUUUGAUGGUCCUAGGUUGGCUAAUUCCAUGGGAAGCAAUGGGAGACUAAGGAAUCCCAGUUACCCUGCUAGCCACCAAUUUCAGCACUGCAUUUGUGGUUACUUCAGGUCAGAUCACACUGCACCAUCAGUCACGAGGACUGGGUUCAAUCCAGGCAUGAUUCAGUUCCCAGUUCUGGUACUCGUUCCUUGUAUGACAUAACCUGAGGUCUGAGCCUCAGUUUCAACCACAAAAUGAAGUGAUGUGACUAAGACCCUUCCAGAAUCCAUGGGUUCUUUUUUUCCUCAAAAAAAUUAAAUAUGCAAUUUAUUAAAUAGCACUCCCAUUCAUAAAUAUAGCAUACAUAGUUUGUGAUCAAUAGAAAUAUCACUUUAAAACUAUUGAAGAGUUAAAACAAGAAUUUAAAUAAAUAUAAAUCCCAGAUGCUCUGAAAUACUUUGAAUAUCUUUUUACUAUUUCUCUUUAAGGGAUGGGCAGCUAGGUGGCAUAAUGGGUAGAGUGCUGGACCUGG